GAUUGGUGACGGGAGAGGUGGGCCGGGCUGGGCCGAAAUCUUAGGACUUCCGAAAGCAGCGGCGGCGUGUGCUUCAGUGCCUGGAAGUGUGCGAGAGCGAAGAUGCGAAAGGUGGUUUUGAUUACCGGGGCGAGCAGUGGCAUUGGCCUGGCCCUCUGCAAGCGGUUGCUGGUGGAAGAUGAUGAGCUUCAUCUGUGUUUGGCAUGUAGGAACAUGAGCAAGGCAGAAGCUGUCCGCGCUGCUCUGCUGGCCUCUCACCCCACUGCUGAGGUCACCGUUGUGCAGGUGGAUGUCAGCAACCUGCAGUCUGUCUUCCAGGCCUCUAAGGAACUUAAGCAAAGGUUUCAGAGAUUAGACUAUAUAUAUCUAAAUGCUGGGAUCAUGCCUAAUCCACACCUAAAUAUCAAAGCACUUUUCUCUGGCCUGUUUUCAAGAAAUGUGAUUCAUAUGUUCUCCACAGCUGAAGGCCUGCUGACCCAGGAUGAUAAGAUCACUGCUGAUGGACUUCAGGAGGUGUUCGAGACCAAUGUCUUUGGCCAUUUUAUCCUGAUUCGGGAACUGGAGCCUCUCCUCUGUCACAGUGACAAUCCAUCUCAGCUCAUCUGGACAUCAUCUCGCAAUGCAAGGAAAUCUAAUUUCAGCCUCGAGGACUUCCAGCACAGCAAAGGCAAGGAACCCUACAGCUCUUCCAAAUAUGCCACUGACCUUCUCAGUGUGGCUUUGAACAGGCACUUCAACCAGCAGGGUCUCUAUUCCAGUGUGGUGUGUCCAGGUACAGCAUUGACCAAUUUGACAUAUGGAGUUCUGCCUCCCUUCAUAUGGACGCUGUUGAUGCCAGCAAUAUUGCUGAUUCGCUUUUUUGCAAAUGCAUUCACUUUGACACCAUACAAUGGAACAGAAGCACUGGUAUGGCUUUUCCACCAAAAGCCUGAAUCUCUCAAUCCUCUGAUCAAAUAUCUGAGUGCCACCACUGGCUUCGGAAGAAAUUACAUCACAACCCAGAAGACUGUUGUGAGGAGGCAUUAGCAUAAGAUACAAUGAGAUUGAGGCGACUGUUAGCUCAGGUAAGUCAAGUAACUGGCAUUGAUUGUGGCCUCUGUUAGUAGCAUGAGCUGAAAGGGGAGCCAUGAACUUGUCUUCCUGUGCUAUCUCUUCACUAAAAGUGAACCUUCUAGGUUUUUCAAAACAUGUUCUGUGGGGUACUAGUUUCUUGAGAAGGUUUGCAAGAAGCAGUUCCUCUGGCAAGUAAAAUUGAAUCAUGCUUCAUAUUAAAUUCCCCUCUUUCAGAGACUUGUACAGCAUGCAUCAGCAAAGUAAAGGCUGUGAGAAGUUGAAACAGUUAAGAAAUGUGUGUGAAAUAUUUAAUGCUGCUGUUUUCAAAGAGUUCUUGACGAUAAAUUUUUUUUUAAGCACAUUUUAUGUAAUCUAACAUCCCUUUAGGGAAUUCUAUUGCAGACUAAUAAAUAGCUUACUUUAGGCUUGCAGAGUGUGUUUGAAUUUACUAUCUAUCAACUUGGAGAGAAUGAUUUGUUUAUUAAGGGGAGACAUGUUUAAUUCUACAAACUGACACAGUCAUUAGCACUUUAUGGAAAUGCAUUGAAGAAAGUAUUUUAAUGUUUGAUUAAUUUGGGUAAGUCAGCUUUCUCUUGUGUUAAAAGAUGGAGUUGAACUAGAAGAGUUCUGUAAUGCUUCUUCCAGUUCUGUUAUAGAAAAACUCUAACAUGACUGAGUGAAUAUAAAUGUUAUUUUCCAAAGGUUCAAAAGUUUAAUUUUUAGCCUUUCAGUUUUAUGAACAAAGAGCCUGUUCUUGAAGUUUAGGCUCUGUGUUGACUUAUAAAAAGGAUAGCACUAUUUUAAAAGGGCUGAAGAUUUGCCUUUACCUACAAUCGAGAUUUUCUGCAUGAAACACAAGAAUGUAAAACAACUAUAGAUUAAACUAGAGAGAAUCUUAAAUUUCUUGCAUGUGAAAGCAUUUAGGAGAGAGGCAGUCUUGGGCUGCCAUGGCAACUCCACACAUUCUCAGAUACCCAAGUUUCUUGCAGUCACCGCUGGGCCAUCUUUAGGGCGUGGCCCUCAGGCUUGCUGCUCCAGAGAGUGAUAUG